CUGUGGACGGCGGGUAUUAAAAGAGGCAGCGAGAGACUGCGGAACGGGAGGCAGAAGAGAGAGAGCUGCACCCCGACAGACAGCCAGCUUUGUUGUCCGCAAACGCGUGCGAACAUCAGAGGCGACGCCAUGUUUGAAAGGCUUAAAAGUGAGGAUUAUCAUGGCACACGCGUCAACGUGGGCACGCGUCAACGUGGGCCCCCGGCGCCUCAGGAGUUGGCCCUUCUGGAGCAGCGAGAGUGGAAGCCCAAAGUGGAGUCGCUGACUCUGGGAAAAUGUCUAACCGUGGUCUUAAUAGUGGAAUCCCAUUUGUGUCUCCAGUCCUGGCUUGAAAGAUCCAACGGCGCUGCCAAAACAAAACUCAAAGCUUCAUGUUCUGCCAAACAAAUUGCGAGUGGAGACGGCAGCGAGGAUGCUGGCAGCGCUUACCACCGCAUCAGCAUCACGGGUGAGACAGACAGCACAGCGGGGCAAGAGCCAGUCCCUGUAUGCAUCCGCUAUGACAGGAGAGUGGGUGAGCGACAACAACGCGCCAGGAUGGAUCCGGCUCUACUUCGUGAGAGGGAACUGUUCAAGAAGAGAGCUCUUUCCACUCCAGCCGUCGAGAAGAGGCAAGCCGCAUCUGAAUCCCAUAAGAAAAAGAAGCCCAAGCUAGACAAGGAGAGCUCCUCUGGGUCUAAACACACUACUGAAUCCUCCAAUGGGAACUUCAACAUCAAGGCCAGCUCUGGAUACAAGUUUGGCUGCUUGGCCAAGAUCGUCAACUACAUGAAGACAAGGCAUCAGGGCGGGGACACGCACUUCCUGACCCUCGAUGAGAUUCUGGAUGAGACCAAACUUCUCGACAUCAGCAUGAAACAGAAACAGUGGCUCAUGACCGAGGCCUUGGUCAGCAACCCAAAAAUCGAAGUCCGCGACGGGACCUACGGCUUCAAGCCAAAGUACAACCUGAAAGACAAGAAAGCCUUACUGAGGCUGCUGGACAAACACGACCAGCUCGGCCUCGGAGGGGUGCUGCUGGACGACGUGGAGGAGGGGCUCCCGAAUUCAGCCAAAGCCAUCAAGGCACUGGGGGAUCAGAUCAUCUUUGUAACCAGACCGGACAAAAAAAAGAUCCUGUUCUACAAUGACAGGCACUGUCACUUUGUUGUGGAUGAAGAAUUCCAGAAGCUGUGGAGAAGUGUCCCGGUAGACUCCAUGGACGAGGAAAAGAUCGAAGAGUACCUGAAAAAACAAGGGAUCUCCUCCAUGCAAGAAACCGGACCAAAGAAAGUGUUACCGGUUCAAGGCCGAAAGAAGAACAGCGGGCAGAGGAAGAGACACUUCAAGACCCACAACAAUCAUCUGGCAGGGGUUCUGGAGGACUAUUCAGAAGGCGUGCCAGCGAAGAAAUAA